AUGCCCGAUGCUCCAGCACGUCCCAGGGAUUGCUACAAUUCUCCCGAUGCCAGUCGACUGACUCAUCGUGUCUUCGCCAGUGGUAAGCCAAAGUGGACAGCCAAGUUUCGUCGUGUUUCAGAGCCGGUCCUUGCUGACUUCAAGGUGUCUGCUACGUGGAAGGCACAAGCCAAAGCGGCCAGAGGACUCCUCAAGACUUUCUUGCCUGAAGAGGAACUCAAGAAUCAGCUGCAAGAAGUCCAUAAUUGCGUCCAAUGUCUUAUGCGCAGCUACGAAGAUGGAAGGAAACUGCAAGCACCGGACCCAGAAAUACUCCGGAAGGUUGAUUGUGCUGUCCAGGUUUCUGAAGAUAUCGAUGCGCUGAUCAAGAAACGACUGGAAGAUGUGAAGAAACCAGACUUUAAUCCUGAGGUCACAUUGUUCAAUAUUCGUGCCAGCUUGGAUAAGGCAAAAUAUCCAUCAGUCUUCAGUGGCAUCACAGAGUCUCAGGUUUCUCCAUCCUCUGAUCGAUCAAGUACCUCCAAGGUCUCACGCAUUUCUUCGAGUAAGGUCGACGCAGCAGCUGCGUUAGCGGCAAGGAAGGCUGAGCUCCAAUCAGUUCAUGAAAUUCAAGAACAAAGCAGAAAGAUCAAGGAAGAGGAAAACAAGCUGGAAAGGCUGAAAGCUGAAAAGGAGGUCAAAAUAGCCGAAGCUCGGUUCAAGGUUUACGAGGAAGAGGAGGAAGAGCAGAACGCCUCCCUCAGCACGGAGAAUCUAGAAGGAAAUGUUGUGACACAUAUCUCCCAUUAUAAGAGAGAGGUUGAAUCUUCCCCUGAUGCGCCAAAGACAUCUAACGACAUGGCUACAGUACUGCUGAAAGCCUUCCAGGAAAGCAUCUCCUUGGGCAGGUUACCCGUGCCUGAACCAAGCACAUUCAGCGGAAAUCCGAUGCAGUUUACGGAGUGGAAGAAUGCCUUCUCAGCGCUUAUAGAAAGAAAGAACAUCCGUGCAGCGGAUAAGCUAUUUUAUCUCAAGAAGUACACCGCUGGUGCUGCAGCGAAGAUGAUACAGGGAGCUUUCCUGCGUUCAGACGAAUUAGCCUAUCAAGAUGCCUGGUCACAAUUGACCCGAAUGUUUGGAGAUCCGUUCAUCAUUCAGCGUGCCUUCAGGGAAAAAAUUUCCAGAUGGCCAAAUGUGGGCGAGAGGGAUCCCCAGGCUCUAAGAGAUUUCUCUGACUUCCUUAUCGCCUGUAAUGACGCAAUGCCACAUGUCAAAGGAUUGUCCAUCCUGAAUGACUGUGAAGAGAAUCGGAAGAUGGUGAAUAAGCUACCUGAAUGGGUUGCAAGGCGAUGGAACCGUCGCGUGACGAAUUCAUUGAAGAAUGGGGAGUAUCCCUCCUUCAAGGAAUUCAGCGACUUAAUCGCAGAGGAAGCUGAAGUAGUAUGCAACCCCAUAACCUCUCCUCUUGUACUGGAUGCCCAGGAGAACCCCAAAAGGGAAAUCAGACGGCCCAAUCAUCAAGCUAUGGCGAUACAGGCCUCCAGACAAGCAGCAGCAUCUUCAAGCACCCCUCAAAUCCAGACGGAUAACUAUCCGGCUAAGCCAUUUGUGUCAUGCACUUUUUGUAAUGGCCCUCAUUCCAUUCAUAAGUGCUUUAAGUUCGAAGGCAAGUCGGCAGAAGAGAAGAAGCAGUUUGUCCAGGAAACCAAACUCUGCUUCGGCUGUCUGAGAAAGGGGCACCAGUCCAAAGACUGCAAGAGACGAGCUACCUGUGCCAAAUGCAAACGAUCUCACCCCACUCCUCUCCAUGAAGACAGAUCACCGCACUAUAAGGGCCCAGCCAAGGAAGGGAAUGAGCUGGCCUCAGCUGUGUCCUGCUGUGCUACAGAGGGAGGUAAUACUCCAUUGACAUCGAUGAUUGUACCUGUGUGGGUGGCUGCGGGCUCCAAUCCCGCCCGAGAAGUUCUCACUUACGCCAUGCUGGAUACGCAGAGCGACACAUCCUUCAUGCUGAACACGACCGCCGAGAGUCUUGGGAGCAAAGGUCAACCGGUUCAGAUGAAGCUGGCAACAAUGACAUCAAGCUCAACAGUCUCAAACUGCAUGCUUCUUAAGGACAUCACAGUUAGAGGAAUGCACUCCGAAAAGGCCAUCACCAUUCCAAAGUUGUACACCAGCUGGAGACUUCAUCCCUGCAGAGAGAUCACUUAUUCCCACUUCUGA